ACAUGAACAUCUGAACAAGAGUUUCAAUGAACGUCUGAUUUCCGUGUAGCCCUAGCCAAGCAAAGGUCAGGCUGGUUGUCACUUGCGAAUGGGCCCAGCCAUUGCUCAGGUCGGAGGCACAGGCAGUACCUCGACCACGCCGAUGUUGUCAACCACGGCCACGUCGGCAUGGCCUUCCACUUCGCCAUUUUCAAAUAUCUCCAGUGCCUCGAACACCCAGACCACAACCCUUUUCAGCACCACCACCACCACCAACACCACCGCCAGCACCACCACCGCCCGCACCACCACUGCUGGCUUCUUUGGCUUGAAUGGCACGAGCACUACCUCAACCACCGGCAAGUUUACAACUGCCACAACGACGAAGCUGUCGACUCCAGUGUCCUCAAAUGGCACAAGUACCACGAACACGUGGACAACGCUUUUCACCACCAGCCCGCAGCCCGCGAGCGCGCAGACAACCACAGCCUCCACCUUUGUAACCACCACAACCAGCACGGCAUUCCAGCCCUCAGGCCCCUUGGUGGCCAUGCCCAACUGCUUCCUGGCGCCUUUGGUGGAGAAGACUGGGUGCCAGCGCCUCAUGGUGGAGGAAGAUGCCCGCUUUGGCUUGAACGAGUUGCAGCAGGAAACCACUGCGCGCCGCAUCUGCCAGGAGAGCGCCCGGGCGCUCGGGGCCAACACCUGGCAGUUUCGGGUGGGCCGCUGCGAGGUUUGGAACUGCAGCUCCAAGGCUGCCCUUCAGAGGUCGGCUGACUCCGGCCGAAGCGGCACGGAAGGUCUGCUGCUCCAGGACUACAAGGGUAGGAUCGUCGCGACCGGGAAGGAGGAGCUGGUGGCAGAGUAUGACUUUGUGGAAUCUCUGGCAGUGGUGGUGAUCCAAAAUCCUGACAGCACCGCCUACUUGCAGGGCGCAGAUGGCAGUUACAUCACCAUGGGCCUGGCUGUCGGCCUCCAACAGGAAGCUGCACGUUGGAGCCUGUCUGCUGCAGACGACGGCGUGGCGCUCUUCGUGGAAGGCCAGCAGCUGGUGGUGAGAAGCUCGCGGCUGGAGCUUCAGCCGCCGGCCGGGGCCGGGGCCGAAGGCAUUUUCCAUCUGGUGCCCGCUGGCCUCCAACGCGCUUGGGGACCCGAUGCCCGGGUGUGGGUUCACAGCAGCUGGUGCCAGUACCAGGAGCCCUACGGGGGCGAGGGCGGGCGCCAGCGCCGCAGCGCCACCUACGUGCAGCUCUUCGAGUGGAGCCACGCGGCCGUGGCGAAGGAGUGUCAGCAGCUGGGGGCGCAAGGGGUGGAUGGCGUCCAGCUGUCCCCGGUCACCGAGCACGUGGUGGGGGACCAGUGGUGGGUGAGGUACCAGCCAGUGUCCUUCUCCCUGAACAGCCGCAGCGGCUCUGCCGCCAACCUGCGCCACGCAGUCGCUGCCUGCCGCAGCGCAGGCGUGGAGGUUGUGGCAGACGUGGUGCUCAACCACAUGGCCCGGCCAUGUCCUGAAGCGGAGAACGCCAGGCUUGGCACGCCCUGCGUGGGUUGGAACGGAACCGCCUACGGCAACCGCAGGACGGCAGGCGCCAGAGGCUGGGACAGAGCCAACACCUCCUUCUUCCACCAUCAGACGGGCCAUGACACUUGGGGCCAAUGCGGCGUGGGGCCUGAGACAGGCUUUCUGUGCGGCUCCCCUGUGACAACUGACUGCAGCUGCUGCCCUUGCGACAUGUAUGGACUUCCCGACUGGGACUUGGCUGAGCCGGCAGUGCAGGAGAUGCACACCAGGCACUUGGAAGAGCUGCACAGCAUGGGCAUCACCAUGCUCCGUGUGGAUGCGGCACUCUACAUGGAGUCGGAACUCAUGUCUGGCAUCCUGAACCGCUUCCCGUGGGACAUGGUCUAUCAGGAGUGGUGGCACGAGCUCCCAGUGCCGGGACGCGAGGUCUUCGGCCUCUACCGCGACCUCAAGUUCAUGCGCCGCGCUGCCGCAGAGAUGCACGACGCCGCCCAGGUUCUGAGCCUUCAACAAGGCAAUUUCUACAUCCCGGCGGAGGACGCAGUGUACCCCACCUGUUUCCAGGAUGGCCGCAGCGACGCGGCUGAUCCUACGGUUCCAACCUUCAAGAAUGGCUUGGCCUUCCACCAGCAGCAGAAGUUCCUCUUGGCCUCGCCUUUCCCAACCACGGUGGUGCUUUGGAGUGGCUACAGCUGGCAGAGCAUCGAGCAGGGCCCGCCAGGCGGCGCAGGCGGCGAGGAGUGCAUGGCGACGCCCAGUGCGUCGCCCCUGCCCCUGGAGCUGGCGUCCAGCCGGCGCUGGGUGUGCGAGCACAGGUGGCAGGGAGUCGCAGGCCUCAUCCACUUCCGCAAGGCGUGCAGGAAGGCCAUCACCAAGUCCUGGGCAGGCGCGUGUGUCGGCUGCGGGGCGCUGCGCCUGGGCGCGGGCUGCUUCCUGGCACUCGCCGGGCCAGAUGGCUGGCAGCUGCGGCUGACCACGGGCCUACCUGGGGGCCGAUACUGCGAUCUCUCCUCCCUGGAGAACAGGACCUGCGUGCGAGAAGUUCUCCUGGGCGACGAGGGCCGCAUUCUGGAAGGAGGAGUGCCCGCAGGGGAUCUUCUCGCUAUUUCCACCACGUGGAUGCUCUGAUCCCAGAGCUGCUGCAUAGGAAAGCGCUUUCGCGCUUUGCCAUGUGGAAAGCUGAAUGACUCCCUUGAAAUGGCCCCCUGCGGUUCAUGGGUCGAUGGCUCUCAA